GGUUUCUGUAGGUUUCUGCUGGUUUCUGCUGGUUUCUUCUGGUUCCUGUUGGUUUCUGCAGGUUUCUGCUGGUUUUUCUGCUGGUUUUUCUGUUGGUUUCUGUAGGUUUCUGCUGGUUUCUUCUGGUUUUUCUGCUGGUUUCUUCUGGUUUCUGCUGGUUUCUUCUGGUUCCUGUUGGUUUCUGCAGGUUUCUGCUGGUUUUUCUGCUGGUUUCUGUAGGUUUCUGCUGGUUUCUCUGCUGGUUUCUGCUGGUUUUUCUACUGGUUUCUACUGGUUUCUUCUGGUUUCUUCUGGUUCCUGUUGGUUUCUGCAGGUUUCUGCUGGUUUUUCUGCUGGUUUAUGUUGGUUUCUGCUAGUUUCUGCAGGUUUCUGCUAGUUUCUCUGCUGGUUUCUACUGGUUUCUCUACAGGUUUUGCUGGUUUCUGUGAAUUUAGCAGCCGUUUGUUGAUGACAGAGUCGUUUUCCGUCCUGAGACGCAGGGACAGAGAGUUUCCUGCGUCCUCUUCAGGCUUUAUUGUGUCAAUGACACUCUAACCGUGCUGAGCAGCGUCUGGGGACGGGGACAAAGAACCCCGAUGCAUCAUGGUGGGGUCAUGGAGGUGUCGUCUCACAGCCUCUUCCUGCUGCAGCAGCUCAACGUCCAGAGAGAGUUCGGCUUCCUGUGUGACUGCACCGUCGCCAUCGGCAACGUUUACUUCAAAGCUCACCGCGCCGUGCUGGCCGCCUUCUCCAACUACUUCAAGAUGAUCUUCAUCCACCAGUCCAGUGAGUGUAUAAAGAUCCAGCCCACAGACAUCCAGCCGGACGUCUUCAGCUACCUGCUCCACAUCAUGUAUACCGGCAUGUGUCCGAAGCAGCCGGUGGACCAGAGCCGUCUGCAGGACGGCAUCAAGUUCCUCCACGCCUACCAGCUGUGCCGGAAACCCGGCGAGGGCGCCGCCGACGCCGCUGCCGACAUGGUCCGCAUGUCCAACCUGUACGGCAUUCAGAUCUCCUCCCAGCUGGCCAACAAGGACGCCCCCGGGGUCCCCAAGACCAGCGGCGCAUCCCGCGGCGCCGCCGAGGACGGACGCUCCUCCGGCCGGGGGGGGAGGGCCCACUCCCAGCUGUCCCUCGCCGUCGGACUGGAAGGGAUCCCGUCAGAUCGGCAGGCCUCGGCGCUACGCAACGUCUGCUCCGUGGCGUCCGGGGACGACUCCGACAUCUCGACUCGCAUUAAGCAGGAGCGUGUGGAGGAGGAGGAGGGGGACGAGGAGGCGCCGGGGCCGGGGUCUCCAUCUCAGAGCAGCAGUCCCUCUCAGAGCCUCCUGUUCAAAGACCGGCCCUUGGUCCUGCUGUGUCCCCGCUGCGGGGAGCGCUGCUCCUCCCCCGAGGACCUGCGGGAGCACCUGUUCAGCCACGCCCUCGACCCGGCCCGCCUGAUGGAGGGGCUGUCGCAGGGCGGCGAGCUGGACGCCGGCGUGGAGGAGGGGCCGGCGGGGGCGCAGGAGCAGCUGGACGCAGGGUGUCUGGAGGAGGCGCUGAGACAGAGUCAGGCGCUCGCCAACCAGCUGGCCGCAGAGCUGAGGAGGAGCAGGGGGGGGAGCAGCCCCACGCCCGCCGCCGCCGCCACCCUGCACUCCCGGAAACGUAAGAUCGCCUGCGCCGUCUGCAGCCUGCGCUUCUCCCACAAGAGCCAGCUCCAGGAGCACAUGUACACGCACACCGGCAAACCGUCACGCUACCACCGCUACAACCGCCUCUGUAGCCAGCUCUUCCAGGCCUCCGCACACUUCUGCGAGGGCGCCGCGGAGCCCGGGGGAGGGGGCGGGGCCUCGUCGGGCGUCGCGCCCUCUGAUGAAGCGAACAGGGACACUCAGGACAACGGCAGCUCCUGCUACUCCCUGGACUCUGAGAUCUCCCAGGAGAGCGUGGACGGCGUCCCUGUGGAGUGAUGUUUGACCACCAGGAGCAGACGGGUUCUAGGUUCUCUGGUUCUGGGUACCCUGGUUCUGGGUUCUCUGGUUCUGGGUUCUCUGGUUCUGGGUUCUCUGGUUCUGGGUUCUCUGAUUCUGGACUCGGUCCGGUUCCCGGUCACGGCUGCGAAUUCAGUCGAUCGACAGGAAAUCAAUCAGAAACUAUUUGGAAAAUGGAUGAAUUGUUUUGAGUAAUUUUUUUUAAGAAAAAGGGAAUUCUCUGGUUUCAUGUGAAUAUUUUCUGUUUUUCUACAAACAAACUGAAUCUCUGACAGUCGCACAAGACGAGACAGUCAAAGAGACUUUUUCACUGCCGACAACACGAAUAAUGAGUCAUCAACCCAUUCAGGCCUCAAACGGCUGUAAAAACUGCCUGUAAAACCUCUGAUUGGUGAUUUUAAAAUCAGCCCCUAAAACCUGAAGUUUUUCUGUAAAUCCAACAGAAGUGUCAACUCUUCCUACUAAAUAAUAGAUUUUCAGCCUCUGUAGCAGAUAGAAAUGAAAUUCAUAAAGUAUCUGAGAGCUUAUAGCUGUUAUAUCUGAGCUCCCUCCGCUAUAGUCGUCUUCACCAUGAUUUAUAACUUUUGGAAAAGUCCCAUGAUGCAUUGCGACACUCCCACAUGGAUUCUGAUGCAUUUCAUUGGCCAAGAGACCGAAAAUAGGUGGAAAAAACUACAAAUACUACAAAACCACAUAUCCUCUUUCCUCUUUAAUGGUAGAAUAACACAACAGCGCCCCGGUUUUAAUGGUAGAAACCGGUAAUGCUUUCCCGCCUUAAAUGGGUUAAUGAGUCGUUUUGCCAGUUUGUGUUUGUUUCUGUGAAAAUGAUUGGAUCCUGAUCUUCCACACUCACCAGCGGACAGUGAACGCCUCAGUGACUCUGAGGGUCGGCUCCUUUAAUGUAAACAUAACAUCAGUGUGUCGUCGUGUCUUCAGACUCUUAUUGUGAAAAGACGCAGCAGUGCCUUCCUGUGGUGGUUCCAUGGUUUUGAUGUUUGUUUGUGUUGUUUCCAUCAGUGAAUUAAAGCCUCAUGACAAUCUGAAGAGUAGAACUCAUCAUCAACAAAGUCUACCAGCUUUUUGUAACGAAUGUCCUUUUUUAGAAACGUCAAGAACUCUCCGACUGUAAGAACUCUCUGACUGUAAGAACUCUCCGACUGUAAGAACUCUCCGACUGUAAGAACUCUCUGACUGUAAGAACUCUCUGACUGUAAGAAGAACUCUCCGACUGUAAGAACUCUCCGACUGUAAGAACUCUCUGACUGUAAGAACUCUACGACUGUAAGAAGAACUCUCCGACUGUAAGAACUCUCCGACUGUAAGAACUCUCCGACUCUAAGAACUCUCCGACUGUAAGAACUCUCCGACUGUAAGAACUCUCCGACUGUAAGAACUCUCCGACUGUAAGAAGAACUCUCCGACUGUAAGAACUCUCCGACUGUAAGAACUCUCCGACUGUAAGAAGAACUCUCCGACUGUAAGAACUCUACGACUGUAAGAACUCUUCGACUGUAAGAACUCUUCGACUGUAAGAACUCUCCGACUGUAAUUAGAACUCUCUGACUGUAAGAAGAACUCUCCGACUGUAAGAACUCUCCGACUGUAAGAAGAACUCUCUGACUGUAAGAACUCUCCGACUGUAAGAACUCUCCGACUGUAAGAACUCUCCGACUGUAAGAACUCUCCGACUGUAAGAAGAACUCUCUGACUGUAAGAAUUCUCCGACUGUAAGAACUCUCCGACUGUAAGAACUCUCCGACUGUAAUUAGAACUCUCCGACUGUAAGAAGAACUCUCCGACUGUAAGAACUCUCCGACUGAAAGAACUCUCCGACUGUAAGAAGAACUCUCUGACUGUAAGAACUCUCUGACUGUAAGAAUUCUCCGACUGUAAGAACUCUCCGACUGUAAGAACUCUCUGACUGUAAGAACUCUCUGACUGUAAGAAGAACUCUCUGACUGUAAGAACUCUCUGACUGUAAGAAUUCUCCGACUGUAAGAACUCUCCGACUGUAAGAACUCUCCGACUGUAAGAAGAACUCUCCGACUGUAAGAACUCUCCGACUGUAAGAACUCUCCGACUGUAAGAAGAACUCUCCGACUGUAAGAACUCUCCGACUGUAAGAAGAACUCUCUGACUGUAAGAAGAAGUCUCCGACUGUAAGAACUCUCCGACUGUAAGAACUCUCUGACUGUAAGAACUCUCCGACUGUAAGAACUCUCUGACUGUAAGAAGAACUCUCUGACUGUAAGAACUCUCUGACUGUAAGUAUUCUCCGACUGUAAGAACUCUCCGACUGUAAGAACUCUCCGACUGUAAUUAGAACUCUCCGACUGUAAGAAGAACUCUCCGACUGUAAGAACUCUCCGACUGUAAGAAGAACUCUCUGACUGUAAGAACUCUCCGACUGUAAGAACUCUCCGACUGUAAUUAGAACUCUCUGACUCUAAGAAGAACUCUCCGACUGUAAGAAGAACUCUCCGACUGUAAGAACUCUCUGACUGUAAGAACUCUCCGACUGUAAGAACUCUCUGACUGUAAGAAGAACUCUCCAACUGUAAGAACUCUCCGACUGUAAGAACUCUCCGACUGUAAGAAGAACUCUCCGACUGUAAGAAGAACUCUCCGACUGUAAGAACUCUCCGACUGUAAGAACUCUCCGACUGUAAGAACUCUCUGACUGUAAGAACUCUCCGACUGUAAGAACUCUCUGACUGUAAGAAGAACUCUCUGACUGUAAGAACUCUCUGACUGUAAGUAUUCUCCGACUGUAAGAACUCUCCGACUGUAAGAACUCUCCGACUGUAAUUAGAACUCUCCGACUGUAAGAAGAACUCUCCGACUGUAAGAACUCUCCGACUGUAAGAAGAACUCUCUGACUGUAAGAACUCUCCGACUGUAAGAACUCUCCGACUGUAAGAAGAACUCUCCGACUGUAAGAAGAACUCUCCGACUGUAAGAACUCUCCGACUGUAAGAAGAACUCUCCGACUGUAAGAAGAACUCUCCGACUGUAAGAACUCUCCGACUGUAAGAACUCUACGACUGUAAGAACUCUCCGACUGUAAGAACUCUCCGACUGUAAGAAGAACUUAUUUCAAACAGUUUGUUCUCAGCUCAACUUUCAUUUGUGCAGCUGAAAGGAUCGUACCACUGUUUUAUUAAUUUAUGUUUUUACUAAAUUAACUAUUUGAUUAUUAUAAUGACUAUUAUUACUAUUCUGAU